AAUCAGCUCCCGGGACGGCACCUCCUUGCCACCCCCCCGCCCCCGCAGUCUCCGCCUACGGUUUUCCACAUCCUGCAGUCUCGAGCCCGCCGCCCUGUGCCUCCUGGGCAGAGAAGCUGCUUCCUCCUGGGAACAACCGCCUGCCGCUCCUAGCAGGUUCCUACUGCCCCGAACCCGCGCUGCAGGGAACAGCGGGGCAAACAGUGAGUGGGGUUCAGCGUAGACUCUGGACCAGGAGAGGCCCGCGGUGACCGAGGCCUGGGCUCCGGAAACCAACAGAGCCAUGGCAACUCCUUCUGCUGCCUUCGAGGCCCUUAUGAAUGGCGUGACAAGCUGGGAUGUACCCGAAGAUGCCGUUCCAUGUGAACUGCUUCUUAUUGGAGAGGCUUCAUUUCCUGUGAUGGUGAAUGACAUGGGCCAGGUCCUCAUUGCUGCCUCCUCCUAUGGCCGCGGCCGCCUGGUCGUCAUGUCCCAUGAGGACUACCUGGUGGAAGCCCAGCUCACACCCUUUCUCCUGAACGCAGUGGGGUGGCUUUGCUCUUCCCCUGGGGCUCCCAUUGGUGUACACCCAUCCCUGGCACCUUUGGCCAAAAUCCUCGAGGGCUCUGGAAUGGAUGCAAAGGUUGAGCCAGAAGUGAAAGACUCCCUGGGGGUUUACUGUAUUGACGCCUACAAUGAAACCAUGACGGAAAAGCUGGUCAAGUUCAUGAAACGUGGUGGCGGCUUGCUCAUAGGAGGACAAGCCUGGGACUGGGCAAACCAGGGUGAUGAUGAAAGGGUUCUCUUCACAUUCCCUGGGAACCUCGUGACCAGUGUGGCUGGCAUUUACUUUACUGACAACAAAGGGGACACGAGUUUCUUUAAAGUCUCCAAGAAGAUGCCCAAGAUCCCAGUGUUGGUUAGUUGUGAAGAUGACCUCUCCGAGGACAGAGAGGAGCUUCUGCAUGGGAUUUCAGAGCUGGACAUCAGCAACUCGGAUUGUUUCCCAUCCCAGCUGCUAGUGCAUGGGGCUUUAGCCUUUCCUCUAGGGUUAGAUUCCUACCAUGGCUGUGUUAUAGCGGCUGCCCGCUAUGGCCGGGGCCGGGUGGUUGUGACUGGCCAUAAGGUAUUAUUCACUGUUGGUAAACUGGGCCCCUUUCUGCUCAAUGCCGUCCGCUGGCUGGAUGGGGGCCGCAGAGGCAAGAUCGUGGUGCAGACAGAGCUGAGAACCCUGAGUGGCCUCCUCGCAGUGGGGGGCAUAGACACCAGCAUCGAGCCCAAUCUGACCAGUGAUGCAAGUGUCUAUUGCUUUGAACCCGUGAGCGAAGUGGGGGUCAAAGAACUGCAGGAGUUUGUAGCAGAGGGUGGCGGGCUGUUUGUUGGAGCCCAAGCCUGGUGGUGGGCCUUCAAGAACCCCGGAGUGUCCCCUUUGGCUCGAUUCCCAGGAAACCUCCUCCUCAACCCCUUUGGCAUCAGCAUUACAAGCCAAAGCCUCAAUCCAGGGCCCUUUCGUACUCCUAAAGCAGGAAUAAGGACCUAUCACUUCCGCUCCACCUUGGCCGAGUUCCAGGUUAUAAUGGGCAGGAAGAGAGGAAAUGUGGAAAAGGGCUGGUUGGCAAAGCUGGGACCAGAUGGUGCAGCUUUCCUGCAGAUUCCCGCAGAAGAGAUCCCUGCCUACAUGUCUGUGCAUCGACUCCUGAGGAAGCUGCUAAGUCGAUACCGGCUCCCAGUAGCAACCCGAGAGAACCCUGUUAUCAAUGACUGCUGCAGGGGUGCUAUGCUUUCCCUGGCCACAGGGCUGGCCCACUCCGGAAGUGACCUGUCUCUGUUAGUCCCAGAAAUUGAAGAUAUGUACAGCAGCACCUAUCUGCGCCCCUCAGAAUCUCCUAUCACCGUCGAGGUCAACUGCACCAAUCCAGGCACCAGAUAUUGCUGGAUGAGUACUGGGCUCUACAUACCUGGAAGGCAAAUUAUAGAAGUCUCACUGCCUGAAGCUGCUGCCUCUGCCGACCUGAAGAUACAAAUUGGCUGCCACACAGAUGACCUGACCAGGGCCAGCAAGCUUUUCCGAGGCCCACUCGUAAUUAACCGGUGCUGCUUGGACAAACCUACAAAAUCGAUCACGUGCCUCUGGGGUGGACUCCUCUAUAUAAUUGUGCCUCAGAACAGCAAACUGGGUUCUGUGCCCAUCACCGUGAAGGGGGCUGUGCAUGCUCCAUACUACAAGCUGGGGGAGACCACCCUGGAGGAGUGGAAGAGGCGUAUCCAGGAGAAUCCAGGGCCCUGGGGAGAGCUGGCCACGGACAACAUCAUUCUGACCGUGCCGACCGCAAAUCUUCGUACUCUGGAGAACCCUGAGCCGCUGCUCCGCCUCUGGGACGAGGUGAUGCAGGCUGUGGCGCGACUGGGAGCUGAGCCCUUCCCUUUGCGCCUGCCUCAGAGGAUUGUUGCCGACGUGCAGAUCUCAGUGGGCUGGAUGCAUGCAGGGUACCCCAUCAUGUGCCAUCUGGAGUCAGUGCAGGAGCUCAUCAACGAGAAGCUCAUCAGAACCAAGGGGCUGUGGGGCCCCGUCCACGAGCUGGGCCGCAACCAGCAGCGGCAGGAGUGGGAGUUCCCACCACACACCACGGAGGCCACCUGCAACCUGUGGUGUGUGUAUGUGCAUGAGACGGUCUUGGGCAUUCCUCGAAGCCGUGCCAAUAUUGCUCUGUGGCCCCCAGUUCGGGAGAAAAGAGUCAGAAUCUACCUGAGCAAGGGUCCCAAUGUGAAAAACUGGAAUGCAUGGACCGCACUGGAAACGUAUUUACAGCUACAGGAAGCCUUUGGUUGGGAGCCAUUCAUCCGUCUCUUCACCGAGUACAGGAACCAGACCAACUUACCCACAGAUAAUGUUGACAAAAUGAAUCUGUGGGUCAAGAUGUUCUCCCACCAAGUGCAGAAGAACCUGGCUCCGUUCUUUGAGGCCUGGGCCUGGCCCAUCCAGAAGGAAGUGGCUACCAGCCUGGCCUAUCUGCCUGAAUGGAAGGAAAAUAUUAUGAAAUUGUACCUCCUCACACAGAUGCCCCACUGAAAUUGAAGUCAAGAAAUGCAAAAAGGAAUUGACACAUCUCAGCAAAGAAAACUGAAGGGAUUUGGUUAUAAGUGGAGAAGAUCUCAGCACAUUUCUUUAAGAGAGAAAGUGGAUGAAGCAUGAUAAUGAAAGAGUGAAGAACCUUUCAGAUAAAAUAUAAGCUGAUCUGAACAACAUAACCCCAAAGAGACUUGAGCACCUGAAAAGUUUGUCUACUGAAGAAUUACUCCGGUUGUAAAAUUGAGCCCUCUCCUACUCUUCCCCAACUCUUAUGCACAGAACACAGGCAGUCUCCACUAUUGAUACCCGUUAAAAAUGUCUUGUUAUUGUUGCUGUUGUUUGUAUAAAGGAAUUGAACAGACUGCCUGCAGAGAUAUAAGAGUUGGUGCUCCAGAAAAAAAUUUCUCUUCUAGUGGAAAUAAGUGCCCCCAGCCAGUAGCUGAUUCUCUACUGACAGCUGAGACCUCCUACUCAAGUGCCUGUUGCCUUCAGGUAUAGAAGAGAUUUGCUGAAGAAACAGACCUAACCGUACAACAGCAGAGGAAACCCAUGCUGACUGUUAUAGAAGUUAACAGUUAUGUUGAUUCUUAAAUGGUAAUAGUGAGUUAGAAAUUCCCAGACAUGGGUGAUGGGGAGGGAAGAGGAAUAAGAAAAGUCACCAGGUAGAAUUAGGGGCCUUGAAGAUAUGACAAACUCUGAGGGAAACAAAGACAAUGUAGAAAG